GCAUCCGCCUCUGGCUGGGCCAAAGCAGAGACAGACCCGCGACCCAGUCAAACGCCCCGUUUCCCGUUCAGGGAGACCAUGAAGAGACACAAAUGUGUGGUGAGAGCUGGGGUUGAUGCAUCCCGGCCACCCCCUGCACGCAUGUGUUUUUGGGGGGGCCGAGCGGCGCAGGCUGUGCUGUGAGCGAUGCCCAGCUUCGUCCUGACCCUCUCACCCGCUCUUCUGCCUCAGAAAGACGCGCUGGGCCCAGGCACUUACAACAUCAAAGACUUCCUGCAGCAGAAGCGGCCGUCGAGCCUCAGGGGCAUCUGCGACACCAGGGAGAAGAGGUUUAGAGAUGUCCUUAGGGACUGCUACCCCGGCCCUGGCACUUACAGCCCGUGGGAGGACCCCUACACCCGCCGCAAGGAUUUGGCUGCGUGCUCCGCGACGUUGCAGGGCAUCAUGGACAGCCGGACACCCCAGCGCGUCCUGCCCACGACCCUGGGCAGCGGCUUGGGGCCGGCCACCUACAACCUGCCGAACAGCAUCGACGAGCUGCUGGGGCGGGUGGUGAGCAUCCGCGGCCCCUACGAGCUCUUCUCGGGCGACAGGAUGGAGCCCGCUGGCCGGGGCCACCGCGCGCGGGAGCGGAAAGGCGCUGAGCUGAGCACGGGUGGGGUCAAGAGCUUCCCGGAGGAGCUGAUGUCGAGGGACAACGAGAAGAAAGGGCGCUUCAGCACGGUGCCGAGGGAGCCAGGCCCCCCCACCGAGAGGAUCUUCUGGGCCACGCUCAGCCAGUGCCCCCGGGACGCGUUUGCUGCGGGGCCGGGCUCGUACGAUCCAAAGCCCAUUGCGAGGUCAGAAUACCUCAGCCAAGCCCCAUUUUGGUCAUCUGCCAAGAGAUUUGACAGAAGGUCCUGCUGCCUCUUUGCUGGGAACGAGCAGCAACAGCAACACGCCAAGGAACCGCUUAAUCCCGUAGGUGUUGGUCGCUACAACAUCACCGAACACGAGAAAUACCCUCGGAAGAGCAGGUACCAGUCCCUGUACCGGUGCGAAACACGGCGGUACCUGAGUGACUUGGAGCGGGAUGCCUACUUGCUUGAGCGGCUCAAGCCUUCUGCUAAAAACACCUGGAACGAUUUGAUUGCUGCGCCACAUUGCCCAGAUAGCUCUGAAAAAAUCACUGUUGUUUUCUGA